AUGUGGUGCACACGUUUACGGCGGCGGAGUGCGCUGGCUGUGCUUGGGCUCGACGAGAACGCACGGCACACGGAGGAGGAAGUGAAGGCGGCGUUUCAUCGCAAGGUGAAGAAGCUGCACCCCGAUGCCGGUGGGAGUGCGGAGUGUUUCCGCGAGCUCCGCAAUGCAUACGACUCACUGCGGCACAGCAAUAAAGGCGGCGCUGGCACCACCGUCCGAUCGGAGGGGGACGAUGAGAGCAGCGCAUUCUACAACAACGCGCACUCCCGCUGGUCUGCCGACCGCGACGCUGAUGGUGGACUCGGUGCUGCCUUUGCAAGUGAUGCUUCCAGCGACUACAACAACAACAGCAGCAGCGGGGUGAACAGCUCCACCCGCGACUUCUACCGCCCGUACACGUCCAACCCAUUUUCGCACGGCUUUACGGCCGAGGAGGUGCAGGAAGCCGAGCGACGCAACCGUUUUCGCCUGGCUCGGCUACUGCUGAAGCACGGGGUGCUGUGGGGCGGCCUGGUGUACUUUCUCGUCGUGUACUACCGCGAGAACCGCAUUCAUCGCGCCAUCGUCGCUCGCAAUGAUGGUUACGCGGACGGGGCAUACUGGGCGAAGCUGAGCGACGACCACGUGCGCGGACUCACCUGGUCGACGCGGCCGCACUGGACGGAUCUGCAGAGCGAGGAGUUCGUGCGCGCGUGGAAACGCAGCCUCGAGCAACGGAAGCGGGCGGCUGGAGGCGGCGCCGGCGGUGGCGUCUACGCUGCACGGCCGGUGGCGCUGACAUUUCAAGGCCGUCCGUUCACCGCGACGGGUGUGCGCGGGGCCCGCAGCGGCGUGACGAAGAGCAGCGCGACGUACGCGAGCGACGCGCACUACGAGCCGGACGAUAUGCUGGAUGACUGA